CAAUCUACUACUGUAGCUAGCCCGUACCAGACUCUCCGCGAGCUACUAGCGGGAUACAACGAGUAAAGAAAAGAAAAGCCCAGCCCAUCAAUUAGUGGUACCGCGCAUGCGCAGUUCGCCGAGGGUUUGCACUUUAGUGCUUUUCAUUAUUAUAGUAUGUCCGACAGACAGUGCCCUCGUUGGCCACUCAUUCAGACAACCAAAUAGGCUCUCUUUACUUGCCAAAAGACAACUGAUAAACAUCAAGAAAGUAUUAAAUAUCCUCAUUCUUCAGCAUGUGGCUUUCUACUGCUGCAUUUGUUUUCUCUUUAGUUAUGGGAUGCAUCCACAGGAAUGGAAUUGGCUGAUUUCCGAGGUCAUAGUGACAUGGUCACAUGUUGUGCCCUCAGUAACUCGGGGAAGUUUGUUGUCUCAAGCUCUGAAGACAACACAGUCAGAGUGUGGGAGACACAUCGCAAAACUAGCAUUGCUCCUGGUAAUGAGAGAGUGAAGAAAAGUCCACUGAUGUUAGAGUUCAAAGGUCAUCAAUAUGGAGUACAGUGCUGUGCCAUAGCACCAGAUGAGUCUCUGGUCAUCUCUGCCGACAUUGACUCCUGUAUUAUGCUGUGGGAACCACUAAAUGGCAAGGUGAUAUCAAGGUGGAGGCUCAGUUCCCCUUCUCCUCUGGUUUCUCCUGUGUUGAUGGAGAGCAAACCCUCUUUCCCUGCCGUGUACCUACCACAGAGGUCAGCCUCUCCUUCAGGAACUGAGGGCGUACUAAGCUGUGCUUUUUCCCCAGAUGGAACAAUGGUUGUAACUGGAACCCAGACUGGUGCUGUUCUCGUGUGGAAUACUCGUGGCAAACUUCUGGGUGCCCUAUCAGGCCACAAAUCCCAAGUGCGCUGCUGUGUGUUUGAUCAAAUCGGGAGUUUCUUAGCCACAGCAUGCUUAGGAGACUUCUCUGCAAAGAUAUGGAACUUGUCCUCCCAAAACUGCAAACAAACAUUGGUACAUUCAUGUGCUGUCCUUUCAUGCGACUUUUCACCAGACCAGGAAAGGCUGGUUACAGGGAACACUGAGGGAGCUGUUCUUGUUUGGUCAGUGUCUGAUGGUACUCAGUUGGAGGAGUAUCUGCUGCACUCCGACCAUGUUAAUUGUGUACUGUAUUCACCAACACAGCCUCAUAUACUAUCUGCUGCUGAUAAUGGUAUCGUAAAAACUGAUUUGGCACUCCAGAUUCAAUGGAAUGAUGAAAGAGAAGGUGCUCCCUCUUCACGGUCAAAAGUAUCACAUGCCCACUACCACAGACGCUUCUCUGCGCAAUUCAAAGAGCACGACAGUGGGUACUCUGCUAGAGUUCUGUGCUAUAACCGCAAGCUUAAAUAUCUCCAGCUGGUCCAGGGAUCCAAGGCCAAUGUUGUAGUUCCUGCAGUUUUAACUCUAUUUGGACGGACUCCAAGAUCAUGGAACCUUUCCAGUGAUGGAAAUCUUAUUGUUGUUGGAUUUGAGGAUGGUGCUCUACAGGUUAUUUCUGUGUUGAAGGAAGGACAUGUAUUUGUGUGCCAAGAACUCUGGCAUGUGGAAUGUGCCCACAAGAGUACAAUUAGAAAAGCAUUUUUCAGUCCAGACAAUUCAAAGCUUGUAACCUGUUCAGAGACUCAACACAAGACAUGGUCUGUACAAUCUGGUGAUAGCCUAGCUGUAAUCAAUGGCUCAGGACUAGGUGUCAAGCCAGUGAUUUUCUUUCAGGACAGUCAUAAACUUGCUUCAGCACAAGAAAAAGGAGUUAUUGUGUGGUACGCUGAAACAGGUGAUGAAGCCAUGCUAUGCAGUGGAAUAGUUGAAUGUGAAGACAGUAUUAUUCUCUGCCUUAAUCUUUCACAAGACAAUAGAAGAUUAGUAGCGUCUAACUCGGCUGGUCUUGUUAUGGUGUGGUGUAUGGUGACUGGAGAGCCUUUACUUAUAUCUCAAGUACCACUACGCUCCCCAUGUGCCCGUUCAUGUGCCUUGUCACCGAAUGGAUGUGUAGCAGCAGCUGGUUUUGAUGAUGGAGCUUUAAAGAUAUGGCAAGUGUCAACACUGCAGAGCAGCCAGGAGAUUUCCCAUUGCUCCACCAACUCUUCUUACUGGAUGAUAGAUGUUGGAUUCUCUCCAGGUGGAGAUAAGGUGGUCACACUUUGCGAUACCAUUGAGGUACAGUGAAGUAACUGUUGUUCUGUUGUUUGUAGCAAUACACAUUAAGUUUACAUGUGAAGACCAAUUUUUCAUAAUGCUGUUACAAAGCUUGAGUAAGGAACAGCUAUUUGUGCAUCUGAAGCUGUCAGCAUUUGACAUUAAACAUCAAGAAUCAUGGAGAGAGUGAAGUACGCAGGUUUCCUACAAUGGGAUUUUCAUGGGUUGGAGAGUCAGUGUGUUCACAAUUUGUACGAUACCUCUCUCUACCUCUCUCCAAUUCAGUGGUGGAGCAUAACUGGGAAACACUUAAAGACGAUACGGCUCAAAGGCUCUUUUGGAAAGUAUAUUCGUUUUUCACCGGAUUUUAGUACCUUUGUAACAAUUGAUAAUGCUGGUUUGCUAUAUAUAUUAGACACUCUAUCAUGAAUUUUUAUUAUAAUUAUGUAUUUUGAAUUUUUACAAAAUUACUAAUGCCAUUAACACCUGUUUCCAGUAAGGUUUAGAAGAGUUGUAACUGUAUAGUUAUGCAGCUAUUGAUGGAA